UAAGAGACAUUAUGUUCGGGACGUUAACAAGGAAAGCUUUAUUCACAAAAGUACACAUUGCUGCGGAACCGAUGAUUAGCUGUUAAUAUCUGACAUUGUAUUUGAACAAGUGGUAAACCGACAUUUUAUAAAUGUGACCAUUUUAUCAGUAACGGAAAUUUGAUUUAAAAAAAAUUAAGAUAUAUGUCAAAAUAAGACAACAGGAAAAAAUAUACUGUACCCAUAAUGUCUGACAAAGCUGAGACCGUCCGGCAGUUUACAGAAGAAGAGAUCACAGAUUUCAAGGAGGCGUUCGCGCUCUUUGACAGGGACGGUGACGGCACGAUCGACACGAGCGAGCUGCGGACGGUGCUGAACUCCAUGGGGCAGAACCCGACCCAGCAGGAGGUCGACGAGAUGAUCAGCGAGGUGGACCAGGAUGGAAACGGAACUAUCGACUUUGAAGAGUUCAUGAAGUUGAUGAGUACUCGGUCAAGCGCUGAUCCUGAACAAGAUAUCAGAGAUGCAUUUAAGGUGUUCGACAAGGAUGGUAACGGGUACAUCACGGCUGCCGAGCUGCGGUUGGUGAUGACUAACCUGGGCGAGAAGAUGACAGACGAGGAGGUGGAUGAAAUGAUGCGGGAAGCCGACAAGGAUGGGGACGGACAGAUCGACUAUAACGAAUUCGUCGCGAUGAUGUCUCAGUAGUAGCCAGCAUCGAUCAUCUUCAGCAUCAUGUAGAUUUACACCGUCAAGAACUCAUCCAAGUGCUUGCUUCAUGUCCCUCACAUUUGCUGUUCAGUGCACAAGCUUACACCCAUCAAAGUGCCUUAUUCGGCGAUCAAAAUAUAUAUAAUAUAUAUAUAUAUAUAUAUAUAUAUAUAUAUAUAUAUAUAUAUAUAUAUAUAUAUAUAUAUAUAUAUAUAUAUAUAUAUAUAUAUAUAUAUAUAUAACCUUGUUCGGUUCAAGUACGAAACAUGGCAGAAAGAUAAAAGUUAUACCAAAUUUCAUAAUAGUGUCUGCAGUGUAAGCACAUGUUUGUGACUUUGAUAACAUAUUUACAUUAAGUUAUUUAUAUCAAACUAUUGUAUGUAUAUUUCUAUGUAAACAAAUUACUGUGAUAGACGAUCGUAUGCUUUUUCAUUAUGGUUUACUAUAGUAGACGAAAAAACUAUAAAUAUAGACUUUCAAAAGUGGAAGAAAAUGUAAACAAAGGUUGAACUUCUAAAUCACAUUAAAUAGCAUUACUAUGUUACUCGAAAAUCAUCCCGUGAGUGCUCGGAACCAGUUAUACCAUUGCGCGAAGAUUGAUUCACUAAUUGUAAAACUAUUUUGAGAACAAAAAACAUAACACUAACCAGUAUUUAAAAACCAAGAUGCAACUGAAAAUGGCAAACCAAAAAAUAGAAUCGCCAUGUUUAAGUAUGUAACAUAUAUAUUCAAAACCAUGAUUUUGUUUAUUAUGUGAAUGUCUAUACGUGUAGAACUAUGGAAGGGUUUAUCCGCCAGUACAUGCAUAUUGCUAAAUGGCAAUUGCAUAUUGCUAAAUGGCAAUUGUUUAUUGCUUAUUGACAACUACAUUUUAAUAUAUUAAAACUUGCAUUUGAAUUCUGUUACAAUACAACUGUAUUUGUGUUUCUUGCAUUUGCUGUAUAAACAAUGCAUUAUGCAUACGCCUUAAUGCUAAUGUUUAUAGAAGGGAAAAUCCACAAGUCCAUUCAUGUUGCUAAAUGACAAUUGAAUAUUGCUUAAUGACAAGUGCAUAUUGCUUAAUUACAACUCCAUGUUGACAAAUUACAACUGCAUCAUGAUAUAUGACAAAUGCUUUUUCUAUAAUGCUAUUCGUUAUCAACAUAAUGUUUGUACAU